GAAAGUGACCCAUCAUCCCAAUAAAAGAUAUAGAAGUUGCAGCAGCUGAGGGACCAUGAUGGACUCCCUGUCCAGCCACAGCUCCUACCUCCUCCAGCAGCUCCAAGAGCAAAGGAUUCAGGGCCUUCUCUGUGACUGCAUGCUGGUUGUCAAAGGUGUCUGCUUCAAAGCACACAAAAACGUCCUUGCUGCUUUCAGUUCUUAUUUCAGAUCUUUGUUCCAAAACUCUCCAAGUCAGAAAAAUGACGUGUUCAACCUGGUUAUCCAGGAUGUCAGUGGCAUCGGCCAGAUCCUGGACUACAUGUAUACCUCCCAUCUUGACAUUAACCAAGACAACGUGCAAGCCCUCCUGGACAUUGCUCAGAGCUUGCAGGUUCCAAAUGUGCAGAGCAUGUGUAAUGCUUUUCUCAAGCCCUGCCCUCCACCCGUGGAGAUGUCUUCAUUUACUCUCCCAGGCAUGCUAAGCUCCGACCACGACUGCCUUUUGGGAAGUAGUCUUCCUCAUGAUGUCGACCUCCACUGCCCCUCUGAAUCUCAGCGGCCCGGCUUUUACAGUGACAUGGACCACACAAGAAGGACGCCAGUUUCUUUGCCUAAUAAUAGCUCAAACUGUGACUUACCUAGCAGCUCUCAAGCACCUGCAGAAAAACAGUUGGUUCAUGGCUAUAAGCUCCGUAACUUCUACAGUAAGCAGUAUUUCAAACAAAGUGCUAUGCAAACCAACAGCGCAGUCUCAAAUCAAGGCCCAGGCCCCUUGGUAUUAACCGAGGAACAGCAGUGUCAGCUUGGAAUGAACCAGGGAGGUAGUAAUGCCCCUGUAAGUUCAGGAAACACAAUGCCGUCCAAUCCUGUUACAUCUGUAACAGUGGAAAAAAAUACAAUUUCAUCUUUGACACCUUCAGAUAAUCUAAACGCCCCUAACACUGACUCAUCUGAUUCCAUGCUUAACAAGUUGGUUCGCCCCAAGAAGGCUGUAUACCUGAAGAAAUAUAACUACCUCUGCUCUCAGAAAGCUCUGGAGGAGAUGGGCACUGAGUCGGUCAUUGAACCCAUCCAGAACUGUCCUAAAGCAAGUAAUCCAGGUGAGCCCUUGACCCAAACUGAAGCUCCAGAAGCUUCUGUGGAAGGCAGCCCUGCAGGCAGAGAGGAGACUUCAGAGAUUAUAGACGCUCCACUUCCCAGUCCUCCACCUGUAAACCCAAAGGAGAUCAGCAUGAAGCCUGUGUUAGAGCCUUCACAGCAAACAGGACACAAGCAGUAUAGUUGUGACGUCUGUGGGAAGAUCUUCAAACAUCCGAGCAAUCUGGAGCUGCACAAGCGCUCACAUACUGGUGAAAAGCCGUUUCAGUGCAGUAUUUGUGGAAAACACUUCUCACAGGCAGGAAAUUUACAGACACAUUUGCGAAGACAUUCUGGAGAAAAGCCAUACAUCUGUGAGUUAUGUGGUAAAAGCUUUACUGCAGCGGGGGAUGUCCAGCGCCACAAAGUGGUUCACACUGGAGAGAAACCACACCUGUGUGAUAUAUGUGGUCGAGGAUUUAACAACUUGAGUAAUCUCAAGGAGCACAAAAGGACUCAUGCAACAGAAAAGACCUUCACCUGUGACCAAUGUGGAAAAUCUUUCAACACCCACAGAAAGCUUCUGAAGCACAGGGCUCGUCACGCUGGAGAAAAACCACACAGCUGUGCCACCUGUGGGAAGUGCUUCAUUGGCUCAGGAGACCUUCAACGUCAUAUACGCUCACACACUGGUGAGAAGCCCUAUAUCUGCACUACAUGUGGAAAGAGCUUUACCCGUUCUGCUAUGCUGAGGAGGCACAGCAACAUGCACUGCAAGGGGCCACCAGUUUCAAGCCCGGUGACGGUGGACGCCGAGCAGACACACAGCUCAGAUGGAGCUGCCUCCUUCUCCAAACCGGUCGGCCUGAACAAACCACCUGCUGCUACCUCUGAGCAACACUUCUCCACGAUGAUGCCCAACACAGAGUUAGAUAAGCCCUCACCGCCCAGUCCUUCAUCGCCACAAGCAACACAGCAUAUAGAGACUCCACCUCCCAGCAUGCACCUCAGCCCAGCGUUGACAUCUCUUCCAGAGCUGCGCUCCCUGGUUCCCCAUCACCUCCUGUCAUCCAGCCACCAGGAGAGAAGUGCAGCUCUCCUCCCCGCAGACCGCAUCAAGCUGUCCAAGCUGCACGAGACUCCAGAGAUCGUUUAUGGUCCUUACAUGGAGAACGGGAACAUGUCCAUUGACAGUGACCCAGCAGGGAGACCCUACCUGCCCCCCACAGACAAUUCCUUCACAGGGUCAAGUAGACCCUACAGGUCCAGUGAAGGCCAGUUUAUCUCCAGUGUAACUUUGUGGGGUCUGGCCAUGAAAACGCUGCAGAAUGAUAAUGACAUGGAGCAGUGA